AUGGGAAUUUUUGGUGGUAAUAGUGGACCUACAGUGUCCCCAGAAGACAAGAAAAAUGUUUUUAUGAAACAGAUCCGUCAAGAGCUUGCUGUUGCUCAAGCUGGUGAAUUGAUCAGCAAAAUCAACGAAAGCUGCUUUGACAAGUGCGUUACUCAACCAGGAAGCUCCUUCAGUGAUAACGAAAAGGCUUGUGUUUCAAAGUGUAUGGAACGUUACAUGGACGCUUGGAACGUUGUUUCUCGAACUUACAUUUCUCGUAUGCAGAACGAACAAAAAAACAUUCAGUAG